AGCAAAGUAUACAUUUCUGUUCAGUGACUUGCAGGAUACUUGUAACAUUCCUUCUACAAUGGUGCUGUCCAUGGAUCGUUGGAUCGGUAAGGUGGCCGUAGUUACUGGAGCUAGUUCCGGUAUCGGAGCUGCUAUCGCAGAGGCGUUGGUCGAAAAAGGACUUAAGGUUGCAGCACUGGCACGAAGAAAAGACCGUUUGGAGGCUUUGGCCAAAAAGCUCUCUGGCAAGAAAGGUAAACUAUACCCCGUCAAGACGGACGUAAGCAAAGAAGAAGACAUUUUGAACGCCUUUAAGUGGAUUAAAGAAAACCUGGGUCCAGUACACAUUCUGGUCAACAAUGCUGGUGUCGGUGGCCACACGACUCUUGCAGACGGAGACACUGAAAUUUGGAAAAACAUCAUCAACGUCAACGUCCUCGGUUUGUCCAUAGCUACGAGGGAAGCCAUAAGGGAUAUGAAAGCCAACAACGUGGACGGUCACAUAAUACACAUCAACAGUAUCGCCGGGCACCAAGUUAUCGAUUUCCCAGGACUGAACGUAUAUCCCGCCAGUAAAUUCGCAGUGACAGCCUUGGCAGAGACUUUGAGACUGGAACUUCUCAAUUCGAAGUCAAAAAUAAAGAUUACGAACCUCAGUCCUGGACCUGUAGACACGGAAAUAAUACCAGACAGUUUCAGGAACACCGAGCAAUUUAAAGGGUAUAUUCAAGACAAAAUGAUAAUCGAACCUGAGAAUAUUGCCGAUGCCACUAUUUACGCCCUGUCAACCCCCCCACAUGUACAGAUUCAAGAACUGACAGUACGAGCCGUUAUUGAACCAACAUUUAAAUGAGAAUGAAAAUAAAUACUUGUAAGAUUAAAUUUCAGGUUAUUUGCAGUGUAUUAUCAAUUUGUUUUUGUGAAUUAUUCAGGAAUUAAAGUUACUAACAAUUGU